AUGGUGCGCAUUGCAAUCACUGCAAUUGACAUGGCCCUGGACCUGCUAGCAGCUGAGUCGCUUUUGGACGCAGCGUGCGGCGACGCAGCCUGGAUGGUUACUGCCGUCUUGUCAAGACGAUCCGUGCAGUACACCGGUGUAGACAUUGUGGAACACGUGAUUGAGGAGAACCAGCGGAGUUUUCCGUCCCACAGAUUCCUGGCAGCUGACUGCAGCCAGUCGCAUGUUCAGCUCCCACAAGCAGAUCUGGUUUUUUCCAAGGAGACAUUGAACCACAUGUUCGUGGAGGAUGCAGUUCAAGCAUUGCACUGCUUCCGAAGAGCAUCCAGGUAUCUUGUCACCAACAUCCAUAGAGAAGCUCCGAACAACAUGGGAGCUUCCAAGGGGCAUCAUGCGCACUAUGCCCCGUACGACUACUCGUUGCCACCUUUUAAUUUGAGGAAGAUCUGCCAGCUCGUGCCCAUCAACCACGAGGACUGGACGGAGUUUGCCUUGUUCGCCCUGUGA